UAAAGUUUUUUUUUAUUUUUUUAAAUAUUUAUUUUAUAUAUUUAUUAGAAUUUUGUUAACCCUAAAAAUAUAAAUGUCUUUUAUCUUUCAUUAAAAAUAAAAAUAAAAAUAAUUAACAUAAAUAUGAAAAAUCGUACUAUAAAUGUGAUAUUUGUGGUAAUUUCUCAAAAAAAUUUGGGGGUCAAAUUCUAAGAUUUUAUUAGAAAGAGUAAAAUAACGGGACGUUAGGAACUCGACAGGCGUUAAUACGUGUCUAAACUCGACUAAAACGCUUUGUUUAACAUAUUUUUUUUCCUGUUUUGUUAUUUUCUCUCUCUCGGUAUCAAAACAAAAGGGAACAAACAUACAUACUCGAAGUUUGCUCACCCCAAAAAAGGAAUAAAAAAUAAAAUAAUAAAUGUGAAAACGUUCAGGUGUCUCCGGCCAGUCAUACAGACAUCAGAAUCAAAUUAGGGCAUUAGACUGGUCGGAGAAAGAAGCCAUGGGAAGGAGAAAAGUGGAGAUCAAACGAAUUGAGAACAAAAGCAGUCGACAAGUUACUUUCUGUAAACGACGCAAUGGUCUCAUAGAGAAAGCUCGCCAGCUCUCAGUUCUCUGUGGAUCCUCCGUUGCUGUUCUCAUCGUUUCCUCUACCGGGAAAGUCUAUAGCUCUUCAUCCGGCGAUAGCAUGGCCAAGAUUCUCAAGCAUUACGAAGUACAACAUGCUGAUAAGCUUAAAACCUUGGAUCUCACAGAAAAAACUCAGAAUUACGUUUCACUCAAUGAGUUACUAGAAACAGUCCAACGGUUAGCACUAAGACUCCAUCUUAAUUUUUGCAUCUUCCUUUUUUUUCCCCUUUCUUUUACUCUUUUGCUGAUCUAUGACUGUAUAUGCAGCAAGAUUGAAGCAGCGAACGUUGAUAAUAUAAGCGUACAGUCUCUAAUAUUCUUGGAAGAGCAGUUCAAGACUGCUCUGUCUUUAACUAGAGCUAGGAAGACAGAACUAAUGAUGCAGCUUGUAAAAAGCCUUCAAGAAAAGGAGAAGCUGUUGAGAGACGAGAACACGGUUUUGGCUAGCCAGCUUGCAGAGAAACAAAUAAAUUUCUUACAGAUGGGGAAGGAGAAGGAGUUUCUGGAGACAGAGGAUGAAAGAGCAAUGUUACUAGAAUAUAGCUCCGGCAAUAACCCACGGGAGACUCUUCCGCUUCUCAAGUAACCACCAUCAUAACAGCUGAAUUUUUCACCAUCCUGUUUCAAAUAAAAUUGUAAAAUAAAUUAUCAGAUUUGUAAACCAUGAAGAAGCUACUACAUAUCCUAAGCUCUCUUCGUCCCCUGUGAUACGUAAAAGAUUUAAAGGAAAACAUCAAAUAAGAUGCCGAUCUUUGCUGUUUACCUUCGGAGACCGGAUCCCAGCUUCGUUUGUUUUGUCUGAACGUAGAAAAUUGGUGUGUUUAUAACAGCUUUGCUGACUUCAGCGUGAAGAAACAAAGGCAAAAAUUAUUAGUUUUGUUA